CAGUGUGUUAUGUAAUGCGAAUAGAAGAAAAAAAUUCAACACCGUGACACAGUCGCCGAAAUGUUGUCUUCGUUGAGAAAUGUGCUUAAAAUAAAUCCCCGGUUCCAGGCCGACUUUGCCGGCCAAUUCGUCCGGAGCUAUGCUGCUAAAACCGCGACCAAGGCAGCUGCUGGAGCCGGAGGCCGUGUGGUAGCCGUUAUCGGUGCCGUCGUGGAUGUGCAGUUCGAUGAGAACCUACCACCGAUCCUGAAUGCAUUGGAAGUUCAAGACCGGUCCCAGCGAUUGGUGUUGGAAGUUGCUCAGCAUUUGGGUGAGAACACCGUGCGUACGAUUGCCAUGGACGGUACUGAGGGGUUGGUUCGUGGACAACGUGUUUCAGAUACGGGAUCACCAAUCCGUAUUCCGGUGGGAGCCGAAACUCUGGGUCGUAUCAUCAAUGUGAUUGGAGAACCGAUCGAUGAGAGGGGUCCUAUUCAGACUAACUUAUCGGCGCCAAUCCAUGCUGAAGCUCCCGAGUUCAUCGAGAUGAGCGUUGAACAGGAGAUCCUGGUAACCGGAAUUAAGGUGGUCGAUUUAUUGGCUCCUUACGCUAAGGGUGGCAAGAUUGGGCUGUUCGGUGGCGCUGGUGUUGGUAAAACUGUACUGAUUAUGGAGCUUAUCAAUAACGUUGCCAAAGCCCAUGGUGGCUAUUCCGUGUUUGCUGGGGUUGGAGAGCGAACACGUGAAGGAAACGAUCUGUACAAUGAGAUGAUUGAAGGCGGAGUUAUUUCGUUGAAGGAUAAGACCUCCAAAGUCGCCUUGGUCUAUGGACAGAUGAACGAACCACCAGGCGCCCGUGCUCGUGUGGCGUUGACAGGAUUGACCGUUGCCGAAUAUUUCCGUGACCAGGAAGGACAAGAUGUGCUAUUGUUCAUUGAUAACAUUUUCCGAUUCACUCAAGCUGGUUCUGAAGUAUCAGCUCUACUGGGCCGUAUUCCGUCUGCUGUAGGUUAUCAGCCUACGCUGGCCACCGACAUGGGUAGCAUGCAGGAGCGAAUCACCACAACAACGAAGGGUUCCAUCACAUCGGUGCAAGCUAUCUAUGUACCUGCGGACGAUUUGACUGAUCCGGCACCAGCCACCACUUUCGCUCAUUUGGACGCCACCACUGUGCUGUCUCGGGCUAUUGCCGAACUAGGCAUUUACCCGGCCGUCGAUCCUCUGGAUUCCACUUCCCGUAUCAUGGACCCGAACAUCAUCGGUGCCGAGCACUAUAACAUUGCGCGUGGAGUUCAGAAGAUUCUACAGGACUACAAAUCGUUACAGGACAUCAUCGCUAUCCUGGGUAUGGACGAACUGUCCGAGGAAGACAAACUGACUGUAGCUCGGGCCCGGAAAAUUCAGCGCUUCCUAUCUCAGCCCUUCCAGGUGGCUGAAGUAUUCACCGGCCAUGCCGGCAAGCUAGUUCCUUUGGAGGAAACCAUAAAGGGUUUCACCAAGAUCCUGCAGGGUGAGCUGGAUCAUUUACCGGAGGUUGCUUUCUAUAUGGUUGGCCCGAUUGAGGAGGUGGUUGAAAAGGCCGAACGCCUGGCAAAGGAGGCAGCUUAAGUAUUUGGCUAGAAGAUGAACGUGCGGGUUUUUGAUUUGCAUUAAUUAAUAUAAUCAUAUGUAACGAAGUAUCUACGAAGUAUAGGUAAGCUUAAAGACGAAUACAAUUGAAACUUAACCAUAAA